CCCGAGCAUGCAGUGCUUCCCCAGCCUGGUGCUGGCCCUCAGCUCGCUGUUGGGCGCCCUGGCGCUGCUGCAGCUCUCGCUGUACCUUCGGGUGCCGUCCCGCUAUGGGAAACACGAGGAGCGGCUAUGCCGGCCGCGGGGUCGGCUGCCGGCGCGCUGCGCCUGGUUCCUGCAGGAGCUGCCCUCGUUCCUGGUGCCCGCGCUGCUACUGGUGCUGCGCAGCCCGCCCCGCCUUGAGCCGCUCGGCUGCCGCCUCCUCUGCUGCCUCUUCUGCUGGCACUACUUCUACAGGACAUUUAUUUACCCUUUCUUCACUAGAGGCAGACCUUUCCCACUCCAAUUGCUUUUCUUUGGCACGUUAUUCUGUAUCUAUAAUGGCUUCCUCCAGGGGUACUACCUGAUUUACUGCGCUGAAUAUCCCAGCGAUUGGUGCACAGACAUCAGAUUUACAUCAGGCCUCCUCUUAUUUCUGCUGGGAAUGGGAAUCAACAUUCACAGUGAUCUCCUGCUGCGCCAGCUGAGGAAACCUGGGGAAGUCACUUACAAGAUUCCUCAAGGAGGACUGUUCACUUACGUUUCUGGAGCCAACUACUUUGGAGAAAUUGUGGAAUGGUUUGGUUUUGCAAUAGCAACUUGGUCCCUACCAGCCUUCGCCUUUGCCUUUUUUACUCUUUGCUGCAUCGGGCCACGUGCUUAUCACCACCACAGGUUCUAUCUCAAGACAUUUACGGACUAUCCAAAAUCAAGGAAAGCCUUGAUUCCUUUUGUUUUUUAA